GUUUCUCUUUUCUGAUUUCCGUACAACGAGAGCUUGCAGCGAAGUGAGGGGGCCAGCUAGCUAUCGUUUAUUGUGCUGGGAAUAGCCGGGCUGAGUCUAUCCAUUAUUGUGGAUGUAGCUAGUCACCUAUAUCCUGCUGUCUUGACACAUCGAGCUGGCUAACAAGCUAACCUUUACGUACAAGGGAGAUCAAAGUGCUAAUCUAGCUAAUUAUUUGACGUUGUUUUUUUUGGGGAUAAAUAUAUUAUUUUUGAUACCGCGGACCGGGCCUGAGUAACAUCGGAUGUGAUGUCCAGCUCCCCGCUGUCCAAGAAGCGUCGCGUGUCAGGAUCUGAGACCAAGACGGUGCCACACUGCUCUUCCUCUUCCUCCUCCUCCUCAUCCUCAUCCUCCUCUGUCAGAAGUCAACCGACCCACACUCCUGAGAACGGCAUGGCUAACAACGGGAAUGAAGCAGAGAUCGACGAAGGCCUGUACUCCCGGCAGCUCUAUGUGCUUGGCCACGAUGCCAUGAAGCGAAUGCAGAACUCCAACGUGCUGAUCUCAGGCCUCCGGGGGUUGGGCGUGGAGAUCGCCAAGAACGUGAUCCUGGCCGGGGUGAAGACCGUGACGGUCCACGACCAAGGCCUGGCGGAAUGGAGGGACCUCUCCUCACAGUUCUACCUGCGCGAGGAGGACCUGGGCCAGAACCGGGCUGAGGUGAGCCAGCGGCGCCUGGCCGAGCUCAACAGCUAUGUGCCUGUGAGCGCUCACACCGGGCCCCUCACCGACCACUUCCUGUCCACCUUCCAGGUUGUGGUUUUGACUAACUCCAGUCUGGAAGAACAGCUGCAUAUUGGAGAUAUGUGCCACAGCAAAGGCAUCAAGCUGGUCAUGGCAGACACGCGUGGCCUCUUUGGGCAGCUGUUCUGUGAUUUCGGGGACAUGGUCGUGUACGACACCAACGGCGAGCAGCCCCUCAGUACGAUGGUCUCCAUGGUGACCAAGGACAGCGCGGGCGUGGUGACGUGCCUGGACGAGGCUCGGCACGGGUUCGAGAGCGGAGACCAUGUGACUUUCAGCGAGGUCCAGGGCAUGACCGAGCUCAACGGCUGCAAGCCCAAAGAGAUCAAAGUUCUUGGUCCCUACACGUUCAGUAUCGGCGACACCAGCGACCUCUCGCAGUAUGUGAGAGGAGGCAUCGUCUCUCAGGUCAAGACGCCCAAGGACAUGAGCUUUAAAUCCUUGUCAGACUCCAUGUCCGCCCCUGAGUUUGUGAUGACGGACUUCGCCAAGUUUGAGCGGCCAGGCCAGCUGCACGUGGGGUUCCAGGCCCUGCACGCCUUCCAGAAGAAACACAGCCGUCUCCCUAAGCCCUGGAGCCAGGUGGAUGCUGAUGAGCUGCUGAGUCUGGCUAACGCAGUAAAUGCGGAGCAGUCAGACGGAGCCAAACUGGAGCAGCUGGAUGAGGGGUUGCUGAGGAAACUGGCGUACCUGGCGGCAGGUGACCUCGCGCCCGUCAACGCCUUCAUUGGGGGGCUGGCUGCACAGGAGGUGAUGAAGGCCUGUACAGGGAAGUUCAUGCCGAUGGUGCAGUGGCUGUAUUUCGAUGCUCUGGAGUGUCUGCCGGAGGCUGAGGGAGCCGUGCUGUCAGAGGAGGAGUGCGCCCCGAGGAACUGUCGCUACGACGGCCAGAUUGCCGUGUUCGGCACCAGGCUGCAGGACGAGCUGGCCAAGCAGAGAUACUUCCUGGUGGGAGCAGGUGCCAUUGGCUGUGAGCUGCUGAAGAACUUUGCCAUGAUUGGCUUGGCUGGCGGAGAGGGGGAGGUCAUCGUCACCGACAUGGACACCAUAGAGAAGUCCAACCUCAACCGGCAGUUCCUCUUCAGGCCCUGGGAUGUCACGAGGAUGAAGAGUGAAACAGCCGCGGCUGCAGUCCGGCAGAUGAACCCUUCCAUCCGGAUCACCGGCCACCAGAACCGCGUGGGACCCGACACAGAGAAAGUCUACGAUGACGAGUUUUUGGAGGGGCUGCAUGGUGUCGCCAAUGCUCUGGACAAUGUUGAUGCACGUAUGUACAUGGACCGCAGGUGUGUGUAUUACCGGAAGCCGCUGCUGGAGUCGGGCACGCUGGGCACGAAGGGGAACGUGCAGGUGGUCAUCCCCUUCCUCACAGAGUCCUACAGCUCCAGCCAGGACCCCCCAGAGAAGUCCAUCCCCAUCUGCACCCUCAAGAACUUCCCCAAUGCCAUCGAGCACACACUGCAGUGGGCUCGUGACGAGUUUGAGGGUCUGUUUAAGCAGCCAGCGGAGAACGCCAUGCAGUACCUGACAGACCCCAAGUUCAUGGAGCGCACCCUGAAGCUGCCGGGGGCGCAGCCUCUGGAGGUGCUGGAGGCCGUGCACCGCAGCCUGGUGGUGGAGAGGCCCAAGUCCUGGGCCGACUGCGUGGCCUGGGCCCGCAACCACUGGCAGUGCCAGUACAGCAACAACAUCCGCCAGCUGCUCCACAACUUCCCCUCCGACCAGCUCACCAGUUCUGGUGCCCCCUUCUGGUCAGGUCCCAAGAGAUGUCCCCAUCCUCUGGAGUUCAGCACCAGCAAUGACCUGCACAUGGACUACGUCCUGGCUGCAGCCAGCCUUUUCGCGCAGACGUAUGGCAUCGCCCCGUGCCCGGACCGCACCGCCCUCGCCCGGCUGCUGAACGAAGUGGAGGUUCCCGUCUUCACGCCCCGCUCCGGGGUCAAAAUCCACGUGUCCGACCAGGAGCUGCAGAGCGCCAACUCGUCCGUGGGUGAGCAGCUAUCGGCGUCGAGGAGCAAGGUUUCCCUUCUGAUCACAGACGACUCUCGUCUGGAGGAGCUGAAAUCCCAGCUGCCCAAUACUGAGGCCGCAACGCAGAUUAGGCUCUCCCCCGUCGAAUUUGAAAAGGACGAUGACACAAACUUCCACAUGGACUUCAUAGUGGCGGCGUCCAAUCUCCGAGCAGAGAACUAUGACAUCCCGCCUGCUGACCGUCACAAGAGCAAGCUGAUCGCGGGGAAGAUCAUCCCGGCCAUCGCCACGACGACGGCAGCGGUGGUGGGGCUGGUGUGCCUGGAGCUGCUGAAGCUGGUGCAGGGGCACCGGCGGCUGGAGUCCUACAAGAACGGCUUCAUGAACCUGGCUCUGCCCUUCUUCGCCUUCUCCGAGCCCAUCGCCGCCCCCAAACACAAGUAUUACGAGACCGAGUGGACGUUAUGGGACCGCUUUGAGGUGCGGGGCGUCCAGCCCAGCGGGGAGGAGAUGACACUCCGCCAGUUCCUGGAUUACUUUAAGAACGAGCAGAAGCUGGAGAUCACCAUGCUGUCGCAGGGCGUGUCCAUGCUGUACUCUUUCUUCAUGCCCGCGGCCAAGCUCAAAGAGAGACUGGAGAUGCCGAUGACUGAAAUCGUGACCAAAGUGUCCAAGAAGAAGUUGGGGAAGCACAUCGGCGCUCUGGUGUUUGAGCUGUGCUGUAACGACGACACGGACGAGGACGUGGAGGUGCCGUACGUCAGAUACACCAUCCGCUGAGGCCGGGCCGGGGCGG